AUGUCAGCAUCAACUUUAAGAGCUCCCUCUAUUAUUAUAGUCGGAGGAGGGAUUGCUGGACUGGCAACGGCUGCUUUGGCUCGUCAUGCUUUUAGGGUCACAGUGGCUGAACGCGCUCCAUCAGUUUGCAGGGCAAAUGUUGGCGGCGGUAUUGCACUCUGGGGCAACGCACAGAACUCCCUCGAUCUGGCAGGACCCACUCUAAUGCAAUCACUACGAGACAAGGGUGCCUGGAUGGCGCCACCCGAGUAUCGCGAUAAACAUGGCAACGCCAUGGCCAAGGCGUCUCCCAAGUUCAGCGAGCGCUUCCCCAUACUCUGCCUUCAUCGCGACGACCUGCUCACAUCACUCUACGCGGCUUGCAUUGGGCCUGAGGAGCCAGAGCCGCCCGUCGAGUUUGUGACAUCGGCAUCGUAUGUGGAGUACAAGCUGAAUCACGGCCCUGAGGGUGGCGUUCAGGUGUUGCUCAGCGAUGGAAGGAUACUGCAUGGCGAUGUACUGGUUGCCACGGACGGCAUCAACUCAUUGGCCCGCACUCAGCUGUUGAAUGAGCUGCACACUCAACCCGUGUCACCAAACUACUGCGGCUACACAUACUUCCGCGCUAAUGUCGAGGUCGAUGAGACGGACGGUCGCGCAUGGCACGAGUCAGCAUUCGAAGCAUGGGGCGACGGCAAUCGAUUCGGUUACGUUCCUCUGCGUGGACGUGAGGUGUUCUGGUUCGCGGCCAUUCCCAAGGCAGACCACAUGGCCUCCUCGAUCCAGGUUGAGGUCUGCGAUGAUCAACGCAAGGAGUGGCUACUGGACACUUUCCGCGAUUGGAAGGGUGGCCAAACGUCAUCAACCCGCAGACUACCCAUCAGCUACGAACAGUUGAUCAAGGGCACGCCAUCAAAGAACAUACUCCAGAGCGAUAUAUACAAGGUACCCAGCGUGGAUCGAUUCCCUUGGCAUGGACAUGAUGGACGCGUCGUGUUGCUCGGUGACUCUGCCCAUGCCACGGCACCAAAUCUGGCACAAGGUGCCGGCCUGUGCAUUGAGGACGCCGCCACCUAUGUCGACGCGCUCAAGCGCAACACCAUCACACAUCCGCACAAGGAUGGCUACGCGACCGCAGCCAAAGAGUUCGAAGCGACACGCAAGCAACGAGCUCACACUGUACAAACAUUGGCAGACGCUGUGGCAUUCGUGGGACAAAUGCAGGGACUGCAGAGUGCUCGCGACUGGUUCAUGCGAACGGCCACCAAGUGGCUGCCCGCGAUACAACAGCGCAUAUUUGAGGCGGCUGUGUCCUACUCUCUGGGCGGCACAAGAUCCCGACGCACAUGGAUCCCGCCCCCUAUUCAAACAAGUCAUCGCGAGAGCAAUCAACGCGCCCUCGAUCGCGUCUCUGUCCUGGGGCGCGUGCUUGGACAUGAGCAAAUGUCUUUGCUGGCUAGCCAUGUUCACGCUUUCAAGUCUUGCCUGUAUGGUGGGUCCGGCGCGGGCUCGGUGACAGUCGAGCGUGGCCAGUCAUGGUUGGCAACAAUGUUUGCCAACAUGUUUGGCAUACCACAGAACAUGAUCGACGCGCCAUUUGACGCGUCCGUGAGUGUGACACAGGGAGGCGAUCUUCAAACAUGGCGACGAACAUUCGGUCUGGGUCAAAACAAUCAGAAGACAUACGCCACCACACAGCGAUGUCGUGUGGGCUUUGAUGGCUCGCUGGCACUCACCGAGGGUGUUGGCGGCCCACUGGACUCCUGGCUACGAUUCUACUAUGAUGUCAGUGUGAUAGACAAGGCGGCCAAAGCCCCCAACGCGUCAUCACUCAAGUUUGAGUCCAAAGGCAUUUUGUUAUUUGGCGUGCCACUGCCCCUCCCCUCAUGGAUCCUGCCUACCAGUCGAUGGAUCGAAACCCCAACACGCAAUGGCUGGCACUUUGAUGGACAGAUCACCCUGCCCCUAAUUGGCAAGCUCAUGCGAUACUAUGGCAACUUUGCCAUCAGACAAAGCAAGAAGUCGACUGACAUGGCCUUCACACGUGGCCGCGCCAUCAUUGCUGGCGGGUCGGGUCUGGUUGGUCGAUCAGUUUCCAAACAUUUGGCGGCACAGGGAUGGGAGGUCGUUGUUCUCACAACAGCGCCAUACUCUGAGUUCCCACGAUUGAUUGAGACCAUGCCCGAUGUACAUCGCGUUGAACAUUGGGAUGGACGCACACCUGAUGGCUGGGGUCAUCUGGUCAACAGCAAUACAGUGUUGAUCAAUCUGGCCGGUGAUAAUCCAGGCACACAAAGAUGGACACGAUCCAAAAAGGAAACAAUCCUUCAAUCACGCCUGGACUCGAUCAGGGCCAUCUCUCAGGCCAUCCAACUCGCUGCCACCGAGGGUCGCGCCCCUCGUGCAUUCCUUCAAGCAUCGGCCGCUGGUAUCCAUGGUGAUCGCGGUGAUCAAAUACUCUCUGAUCUCGACCUCAUGGAGAUGACAUCAUCGACGGACCAGGCUUCCGAACAAGGCACCAACUUCCGAGUCACCACCUGCCAGAAGAUUGAAGAAGAGGCCAAGCUGGCAGUGGCCAAUCAUCCCGACACUAUAUUGACAAUGCUUCGUAUUGGCCAUGUUCUGUCACGUGAUGGUGGCAUAUUCCCAAGUUUCGACCUGGCCUCAUUGAGUCGCGCCGGCCGUUUGGGCACAGGACAACAGUAUGUACCAUGGAUACAUAUUGAUGAUGUAGGACUGGCCAUCACCAGUGUGGCUAAUUCCAACUCCAUCUCCAACUCCAACAACUCCAACAAACAAUAUGAAGGAAUAGUGAAUGUUUGUGCGCCAACAAGCAACACCAACGAACAACUACUAAGUACAAUCGCAUCAGUACGUGGACGUCUGUUGUGUCUGGUGACCGUACCACCAACCCUACUCAAACUCAUGUUUGGCCAAUCUGCCAGUGUUGCACUGGACAGUGAACGACUCGUCCCCGAUCGACUCCUAUCACAUGGACAUCAAUUCCAGUGCACCAACCUUAAGGACGCCAUCCAGUCCUUGUCCUAA